AUGCGGGUUUUAAUAACUAAUGAUGAUGGCCCCUUGAGUGAUCAAUUCUCACCAUACAUUAGACCUUUUAUUCAGCACAUCAAGAGAAAUUAUCCUGAAUGGAAAAUCACGGUUUGUGUACCUCAUGUCCAGAAAUCAUGGGUCGGUAAAGCUCAUCUUGCCGGUAAAAAUUUGACUGCUCAAUUCAUAUAUUCCAAAGUUGACGCUGAUGACAAUACUUUUUGGGGCCCAUUUAUCCAGCCACAAAUUAAGUCAGAAAACUCUAAACUACCUUAUGUUCUGAAUGCGGAAAUUCCAAAAGAUACAAUUGAGUGGGUGCUGAUUGAUGGAACUCCAGCAUCGUGCGCAAACAUCGGGUUACAUCUAUUGUCUAAUGAACCGUUCGAUAUAGUACUGUCAGGUCCAAAUGUUGGUAGAAAUACAUCUGCUGCUUAUAUUACCUCUUCUGGUACCGUGGGAGGUGCAAUGGAAUCUGUUAUUACAGGAAAUACGAAAGCUAUUGCUAUAUCCUGGGCGUAUUUCAAUGGAUUGAAAAACGUCUCCCCACUGUUAAUGGAGAAGGCCUCUAAAAAAUCUUUGGAUGUUAUAGAACAUCUUAUUGAGAACUGGGACCCGAAGACAGACUUAUAUAGUAUUAAUAUUCCUUUAGUGGAGACUCUAAAUGAUGAUACAAAAGUCUACUAUGCACCAAUUUGGGAAAAUAGAUGGAUUCCGAUAUUCAACGGCCCUCAUAUUAACCUAGAGAACAACUUUGCUGAGAUCGAAGACGGUAACGAAUCAUCAUCAAUUUCCUUCAAUUGGGCUCCAAAAUUUGGCGCCCAUAAGGAUUCUAUUCACUAUAUGGACGAAUACAAGGACAGGACCAUUCUAACAGAUGCCGAAGUCAUCGAAUCUGAGAUGAUCAGUGUCACGCCCCUGAAAGCCACAUUUAAGGGUGUCAACCACCUACUUGGAGAGUUGAAAUUGACUCAGAAAGAAAAUAAUUCAUCAAAGACAAAUAAUCUUGUCGUGGUAAGCAUAGAUCCAAUGGAAUAUAUAUACAAACCUCUAACCCGUGCACUGAAAAAAUAUCUACCACAAGUGGAAAUUGUAUCAAAUUUGCCAGAAUUUGACAAUGGAAGAUAUGAAAAAAAAAUGAAGGUUUUUCAUUACGGUGAUUAUGAACAGCUAGAUAUGGACAAGCUAAUGGAACUGCCAAAUAAUUACUUCACGAACUCUUAUAUAUAUAGAAAGGCAUUGAUAAGAAAACACUUUCUUUCGCACACUAUACAGACUUAUACUGCGAAGAACCCAGAGUCCAUUUUGAGGAAGGCAUAUUUAGAAUCGUUCACUAUUGAUUUAGAUUAUGCUGAAUUUUUAGAUGAUGCAUUAGAUGAAAAUUGGGAAUUACGCCAAGAAUUGGAGAAUGAAAGUCAAGAUAAAUGGUGGAUCGUGAAACCGAGUAUGAGCGAUAAAGGUCAAGGUAUCAGGGUGUUUAAGACCAUCAAAGAUUUACAGGCGAUUUUCGAUUCUUUUGACGAUGAAGACAGCGAGGCAGAAGAGAGUGGAAAUGACGACGAUGCUGAUGAUGUAAAUGGCGAAUUCAUGGAUAAUAACAAAGUCAAUAUUUCCCAAUUGCGCCACUUCAUUAUACAAGAAUAUUUAACCAAUCCGUUACUGCUACCAUCUAUGGAUAAUAGGAAGUUCCAUAUAAGGUGUUACGUUGUCUGUAGGGGAGAUUUGCAAGUUUUUGUUUAUGAUAGAAUGCUAGCGCUCUUCGCUGCCAAGCCCUUUGUUCCUCUAGAUCCACAUGCGUAUUCCGUAACAGAUUUAAAAGAUUUAGAGUGCCACUUAACCAACACAUGUCUACAAAGCAAAAAGAAGGAUAAAGAUUCUUCUGUUUUGGAGUUUGAUUCCAUAGAGGAAAUUCCAGAUGAGAGAAAGUCCAAUAUUAAGGAGCAAAUCCAUAGCAUAACAAACGACGUUUUCUUAGCUGCUGUCAAUGUAAAUAGAUUAAACUUUCAACCGUUACCAAACGCAUUUGAAACAUACGGGGUGGACUUUUUAAUUGACUCGAACUAUGAAGUUAAAUUACUAGAGAUCAAUGCUUUCCCAGACUUCAAACAAACUGGGAAAGAUUUGAAGAACCUCAUUGAUGAAUUAUUUGAUGAUACUGUCAAAUAUUGUGUUACCCCCAUUUUUAACGAGAAUAAAAGCAAGGUAGAUGAUGAAACAGAUCCGAACUUCGUGAAAGUCAUUGAUUACACUUCAAAUGGUUGGUGA